CAACAUGCAACACCUUAUCCAAAAACAAAUUAUCCACAAACACUGCAACAAGUUCUUCAGUCGUUACUUUUUGUCCAUGAAUACCAAAACAAUUUGUUGCAACUUGAAACAACACCGUCUUCACUAUCAUCAUCCAUGACAACAGUUUCAAGUGAGUUUCUGCCACAUACCCUCCCAUUGAGAACCCAUCAUAAGCACAAUUUGCAGUACUCAAACUCCAACACUGUUGUCACUUGCACAAAAUCACUUGUCAAUGAAGGUGGUAACAACAAUCCAAGGAACAAUAACAGCAACAAAAGACAACAUGUUUUCUAUAAGGUGUCUUAUUUUGAGACAAGGCCAUCAAAACUUGCUCAAAAUUAUGAUUUUAAGGAUACCCAUCUCAUGAAAGCCCUCAACAGAUCUUGCAAAGCAGGGAAGUACAAUGAAUCACUCUAUUUCCUUCAGCACAUGGUGAGCAAAGGUUAUAAGCCAGACGUUAUUCUAUGCACAAAGCUCAUCAAGGGUUUGUUCAAUGCCAAGAAGAUUGAGAAAGCAAUAAAGGUGAUGGAGAUUCUAGAGAAGCAUGGUGACCCUGAUGUGUUUGCUUACAAUGCAGUGAUUAGUGGGUUGUGCAAAGCUGAUAAAACUGAUGAAGCAAACAAAGUGCUUGAUAGAAUGAAAAAGAGAGGUUUCGCACCGGAUGUUGUUACCUAUAACAUACUCAUUGGGAAUCUUUGUGGUAGAGGGAAGCUUGAUUUGGCUCUCAAGGUUAUGGAUCAGCUGUUGAAGGAUAAUUGUAAGCCAACUGUGAUUACAUACACAAUCUUGAUCGAAGCGACUAUUAUUGAUGGCGGCAUUGAUGAGGCAAUGAAGCUUUUGGAUGAGAUGUUGUCAAGAGGACUUCAACCUGACAUGUACACGUACAAUGCAAUUGUCAGGGGAAUGUGUAAAGAAGGAUUGGUUGAUCGCGCCUUCGAGUUUGUUACGAGUAUAAGUACUAAGGGUUGUUCCCCAGAUGUGAUCUCAUACAAUCUUUUGCUGAGGGGUCUUCUGAGUAAAGGAAAAUGGGAGAGUGGACAGAGGUUGAUGGCUGAUAUGUUUGUGAAGGGUUGUGAGCCUAAUGUUGUGACUUACAGCACCUUGAUUAGCUAUCUCUGUCGCGAAGGUAGAACCGAGGAGGCUAUGGAUGUUUUGAAGGUUAUGAGGGAAAAGGGGUUAACCCCUGAUGCUUAUAGCUAUGAUCCAUUGAUUUCGGCCUUCUGCAAAGAAGGAAGAGUGGAUUUGGCUAUAGAGUUCUUGGAUGCCAUGAUGUCUGAUGGCUGCUUGCCGGAUAUCAUCAGCUACAAUUCGAUAUUGGCGACUCUGUGCAAGAAUGGAAAAGCUGAUGAGGCUUUGAACAUCUUUGAGAAGCUUGCUGAAGUGGGGUGUCCUCCUAAUGCAAGUUCUUACAACACAAUGUUCUGUGCCCUGUGGAGUAGUGGCGACAAAAUCCGAGCAUUGGGGAUGAUUCUGGAGAUGCUAAGCAACGACAUUGACCCAGAUGGGAUCACAUACAAUUCCCUCAUAUCUUGCUUGUGCAGGGAUGGAAUGGUGGAUGAGGCCAUUGGAUUGUUGGUGGACAUGGAAAGUAGCAAUUGUAAGCCUACUGUUGUGAGUUACAACAUUGUUCUUCUUGGUUUGUGCAAAGUUCAGAGAGUCACUGAUGCAAUUGAGGUGCUUACCACCAUGGUUGAUAAAGGGUGUCAACCAAAUGAAACUACCUACACAUUGUUGAUUGAGGGUAUUGGUUUCGCUGGAUGGCGAAAUGAUGCUAUGGAGCUAGCUAAUACCCUUGUUAGUAUAGAUGCAAUUUCUGAGUAUUCAUUCAAACGCUUGUACAAAACCUUUCCCAUGCUUGAUGUGUACAAAGAGCUUACUUUAUCAGAUUAAACCUAAGCUAUGGGGAAUGAAAAUGAUUUUUCUUCAGCUCAAGUUUAAUGUAUUCAUUGCUGAUUUGCAGCUUUCUUCUUGAAGUUUUUAGGAAAGGUAUGCUUUACUCCUGAUCAGGAUGCUGUCAUAUUUGAAUCCCUUUACUCCUGAUCAGGAUGCUGUCAUAUUUGAAUCCUGAUGCCCGAAAAUGUAUAAAUUUUGUACUCAAAUUAUAUUGAUUAACACAGAAAUUAGCUGUCGGAAAAUCUAUGCUUUGAUGUGAG